AUGAGUUAUGAUUUCUUAUUGAGAACUAUUAUGGCAGGAAAGUAAAUUAGAGAUGAUCAAAUAGCCUUUGAUCCUGAUUGCAUACCUCCAGACUUUGAUAUAGCGCGUCUGCAUUAAGUAUACAAUCAAUUGAAUAUGAGAAAGCUAGUGCAGUUGGCAAAAACAUUUCAUAAGAAGAAAUAGCUAAUUUAUAAGAAGCACGUUGUCCAUGUUGUUUAAAAUGGACAGAGAAAACUACAAUGUCAAUGAAAGUAAACCCAUUGAAAUUAUCCUUUCUUGGAACAGGAGUACCAUUAUUUUUUGAUUUCAUAAAAUAAUGCAUUACAAUUUUGAUCAUAAUGUUUUGUACUUCUGGAGAUUAUAAUUUAAUAACUAACAUUGCUUUUGGAACAAGUUGUCAAAAGGAUUUAGAUGAUACAAAUACAAGUGAUAAUUGUGACUUAAAUUAUAUCACAUAAUCAUCAUUGGCAAAUAAACGUUUAGAUUCUUCAUUAAUGAAUCUACAAUAGAUGUUAAAUUUAGUCUCGAUCUUUAUAAUAAUAAUUUUACUUCAAUACAUAAGAAUUUAAUAGAGAACAAUCCUUAGAGAUUGUGAUUUUCAUACAACCACACCUUCAGAUUUUGGAGUUAAGUUAAGUCACAUUCCUGUAGAGAAUGCUGGUUAGAUCAAAGAUAGACUUACUAAAGUACUUAAUGAAUUUUUGGAAAAAUGUAAUUAUUUUGACAUAUUCAAUUAGAUGUACCUUAUGAUCCAAAAGUAUUAAAAUAUAUGGAGUAGAAGAUGAAGAGAAAGAAUGUUAAAAAGGAAUAUAAGAUUCCUCCUAGAAUCCAUUCAAUAACACUUUGUUAUGAUAUUUCUAAAUAUGAAGAGUUGAAUGGUAAAAAAGAAUCAUUUGUUAAAGAGAAGUAAAAGUAUUUACAAAAAAUGUAUGAAAACUAUAGUCCAGAAGAUGGACUAUUGCAGAAAGUGGAUGGAGUAUAUGUAGAUAAUGAACUUAAUGAAAUUGAGAAGAAUUUAGAGUCAGCUAAAUAAUAAGUGAAGUUGUAUUUUGAUUAAUUCCUUGAUCCAAAUAGUGAAUAAAAGGAAUUUGUAGGAAUUGCAUUUAUGACCUUUUAAUGGGAAGCAGAUUAAGAAGCUUUUAUUAAUUUGAAUAGAACAACUGUUUGGGGUAGAUAUUUUGGAGAAUAGACAAAAAUAUAUUUGGAUGAUUAAAAUAUAGUUGUGGAUGAAGCUCCUGAACCAAAUGAUAUAAGUUGGCAAAAUUUACAUAUUGGAAAUAAUAAAAAGAUAUUUAAUAGAGUUUUGAGCGUAAUCUUAAUUGGUAUAUAAUUAUGUUUUACAAGUUGGGCUAUUUUCAACAUUUCUAAAUUACAAUAAGAAUUGUUAGAGAAAGAGAAUCUACUUUUAAAGAAGUUAGCAUCUCUUGCUUCAGUGAUCAUCAUAUUUAUUAAUUACUUAUUGUCUUAUAGUAUUAAGAAGAUAGCAGCAUUCCAAGGAUUUUCAACUAAUACUGGUCAUCAUAUUUCAAUUGCUACUUCAGCUGGAAUUGCUUAAUUUGUAAAUAGUGCUUUAGUAACAUGGUUAGUAUUUACACUUCUUUUUGAUGAAAAUUAUUAUAAAGAUGGUGGUUUAAUUUAUAAUUAGACAUAUGUUUUCAUUUCCAAUAUGAUAAUACCUGCAAUAACUGCUAUUCUUGAUCCAUCAUAUUGGCUUAAAGUAUAUUAGAGAUAUUAAGAAGAAUAAAAGGGAAAAUACUCUGUUUGUACUUAAGAAUAAUUGCAUAAGUAGAUUCAAAUUUGUAUUUAAUAGAUUAUUUGAAAACAAUGAAGAAACAUUAUCUGAUCGUUAUGCUGGUAUAAUAAAAACAAUGUUAAUGACUUCAUUUUAUGCAAGUAUUAUACCUUUAGGUAUAUUAUUUUCAAUUAUAGCAUUAACAAUAUUAUAUUGGGUAUAUAAAUAUUAGUUUCUGAGAAGAAGAACAUUUAAAUAAUCUUUGAGUUUCAAUCUAUCAAUAGAAAUGACAGAAGUAUUAGAAUAUAUGAUACCUAUUUAUUGUGUAAGAUAUCUUUUUUAAUUUAGUUUUCUAAUUUCUGGUUUUAAUAUACUUUUACUAAAGGGAAAGAUGUUUCUUCAUUUGCAAUAAUUGGAGUUGUUGUUGGAAUAGUUAAUGCUGUACUACCAUGCUAUGAAUUAAAUUAAGCUUUAUUCAUUAUAGAGGAUUAUGAGUAGAUGACAAGACCUUAUAAAAAGAUAGAGAAAUAGUUGGAUAGUGAUUAUAGUAGGAACAAUCCAGCUACAUAAGAUCAAGCAAAAGAGAAAUUCAUUUAAAGUAUGCGUGUUAAUAAAUGACGUU